AUGCGGCUAUUCCCAUCGCAAACACUGAACAUAGAAUACUAUAUGAAUGACAAAAUGAACAACACCAACCUCAAAAUCAGAACUAAACUUUAUUUUGAUUUGCUCCAGGAGAUAUGCGUUACGAGAACCUGUCUGUCUGUGGAACUUCGGCAAAAACUACAAGAUAUCCCGCUGACGAAACGCAAGGAACUUGUGGAGAAAAAGUUUACCGGCUGUACGCCCCUAUCCCUUGCGUGUGCAUAUGGUAAGGUCGAGGUAGUCGAAUAUCUAUUGAAGGUGUGCGAUGCUGACGUUGAGCGGAAAGGUGCCUAUGAUUGGACCCGAUUGCGGCAAAACGAGAACGAGGACGGGCGUGAUCAUCCCACGGGAGACAACUUCACCCCACUGUGUUGCGCGUGUUCAUCCGGGAAGCUUCCGGUCGUCAAAUGUCUCAUUCGAUAUGGCGCCGAUGUGAAUAUUCCUUCCGCUAGCGGUUCGAUGCCGCUGCAAAUUGCAUGCGCUACGUUGAACAUCGAUGUUGUUCAAUUUUUGGUGCAACACGGAGCGGACGUUCGGAAGGCGAACUACGACGGCAGAACUUGUCUCUUCGAUUCGGUUCUAUCGGUCGACCUGUGCCGUUAUCUGCUCAGCGAAGGUGCAGACGUGAAUGCGCGCGAUGUUUACGGCAGAACUGCUCUACACUGGGCAUGUCAGUACAAUAGUCUCAGAACGACGGAGCUGCUGCUGGAUCAUGGCGCCGAUCCGUUGGCAAAAAACCGUUACGGAGAUGACGCUCUACAGCUAGCGUGUAUCGAAGGAUCUAUCGAUGUAGCAGAUUAUCUCAUGGGACGUAUCGAUUACUCACCAGAAAGAUUAGCAGAUGCUAACGAGCUGCUAGGAGCUACAUCAAUUGAAAUGCAAAGGAGAAUCCAACGUUGGCGAAAGGCUCUUUACAUUCGACUCAGUCAACGCGUAUAUGUUGAAAAGCGACCAGUGAUUGCACCACGAUCUGCCUUCCAUAAUGCUGUUGAGUAUUCUACCAGUGACGAGCUGGAUGCUAUCGCUGUGGAUAGCGAUGCAUUACAUAUUCAGAGUUUGUUGAUUUCCGAGAGAAUAUUAGGAAUCAAUCACGAGAAUACCUUGUGCUUAAUCAUGAUCCGAGGUUAUUUGUACCAGCAAACGUUACACUUUCCAAGGUGUAUUGAUUUGUGGCUGCUAGCGCUAAAGGUAAGAAUUCAAAAGCAUUCCCUAUUGCACUACGAAACAAGUCGUACUGCACGGGCAAUUGUUGGAUUUAUGCUAGAUUUGUUGGAGACAGAUGAUCCAUUUUCACCACGGUUUGCGGAUGUUCAUGUGUUGGGGCAACUUCUGACCUCAAACGCCUCUGAAGUACGCCAGCAGCUCAGUGUUCAACCAUCCCAUUGGAAACAACAGCUAAACUACGAUCGAAUAGUCGAAUGUGUAACACAUUUGAUAUAUCUUCUGCUUCACACUGCAAAAAGUAAGGAUCAACAAACAUUGGUUAAACAAUCGGUUCGGAAGAUACUUCAAUAUAACAUGCGGCGCGCAUCAACCGGCGAAACCCUGUUGCAUUUAUCCAUUUCCAAAACGAUUGCUAUCAAAAGCGAAUACGGAACGCGUGAAAGUAAUGCUAGGCGGAUUUUCCCUGACUUAAGCGUGAUAAAAUUGCUGCUGGAAUGUGGUGCGCCUAUCAAUGCGCAUGACGACCUUAAAACCACUCCACUUCUGGCCGCUUCCUGGCCGUGGAACUAUGACCGAGAAGUGGUUCGUUUUUUGGUCGCACAGGGGGCCCACCUGGACAUGCCAAACCUGCAAGGCGACCGGCCGUCUAAAAUACUGGCGAUGAACCCGGAGAACGAUAUCUCCUUGGGGAACCACAUCUCGUUGAAGUGUCUCAGCUCGAAUGCGAUCGCCAGGUUUGGCAUUCCCUAUCACGACAAAAUUCCCCGAACACUGGAGGACUUUGUGCGGGCGCAUGCUCCUGCCAAUCGAUAA